CCGCCGCCAGUGUUUGUGAGCGCCGUGGGACAAGCGCUGCAAACCUUGUUGGGCGUGAAGGCUCCCGCUGCCCGACUUGGACCGAUGCUGCCCUCUUCGCGGCCAUUCGUCCAACCGACCUCUGCCUGUCUGCCCACCAGCAUCCGCUGCCUAUCGGCCUGCGUCUCCCGCUCCAAACUCCCUCGUCGCUGUGCCCCCCCCCAUAUCAAGCCCCUCUCUCGAAACCUCGACACCUCACUGCUGCCAUGAAGCUGUCCACAGCCAAGGGGCUGUAUGUUGCAUCGACCGUUUUGGUCUGUUUCGCCUCGCUCUCCAUCAUCUUCUUUGGCACGAUCCUGCUCAAGAUCCGGCCUGAUGUCAGCAACAUCCACAACGUGUUUACCGACUAUGCUUUCCAUGCCUGGCUUGUCGCCGGAAUCUUCCUGGGCAUUCCGGGCCUCUCGGGCUGCGUCGGCAUCGAGAACGGCAUGCUGCGGUUCUACAUCUACGCCCAGUCCCUCAACCUGGUCCUCAUCAACGUCGUCGGCGGUCUGACCAUCGGAUUUUGGGACUUGAUUCUGGGGACAUCGUCGUCCUCGUCCUCCUCCUCGUCGUCGUCGAGCUCAAUGACCGACUCGCUCGUCGAGGCCGGCAACGACUCGUAUACUCGCUACUACAUCGCCAUCGCUCUGGCUCUUGUCGACGUCACCAUCCUGGCGGCUAUUGCUGCGGCUGCGUACUGCCGAAAGCUCAAGCAGAGGGAGCGAGUCAUCAGGAAGGGUUUUGGCGACGGAAUCGAGCUCCAGAGAAGCAACUCCAGCAAAGGCUUAGCCCACCGGACCGGGAGCUAUUGAGGUGCAUCAACUAUACGAAGCCGAUCCGUGGGCUGUCGGCCACUCGAUCAAUGCACUGCUGCGAUGUGCUGCCGCUACCGAAACCCGAGGCGACUGGUGGCCUGUUUUGGUGGUUUGCCACAGCCUCGAUUUGGCCCCUUCUAUGC